AUGCUGUGGUACGACAAACCAAUUCCCCGACAUUUCAAGAAGCACGACCAUGACGGGGACAUCGACCUCGCUCAAUACGAGCACGAUGAGGCCCAUAAAGACAAACACAUCAACGAUGGCAUAGUCGACGCGUCGGGAGACCUUGCGCUGAAACCAGUCGCAUACCAUGGCAACUCUAGAAUCUUCAAUGAGUUGUUACUCAUCGGCAAUAACAACAAAAAAUACCUUUGUGUGGUCCUCCCGUUUUGUUUGCCCUACGGCCAACAACAACGCCGAAGGGCAACAGCCGGAUGGCAUUCCAAGGACAUCGGUUACUUUUUCCCCAACACAGAAGCAACCUAUGGUAAUGGGGAUUAUUUCGCGAUCGGGGCCGACACCAAGUACCGUAGUGGUUACGCCUUUUGUGGCUCGGUUCGAGACAACGUUGGUGACAACGAACUUCGUUCCUCUAGGGUAUCAACAGUGGUGCCUGCUGAUACGCACAGCCUGUUCUUCACAGUGAUAGAUUACGAUAUAUGCUUCGGUGCUGCUUCCCACCAGACGCGACUACGCACGCAAAGUGUCAUCUUCUCGUACAUUGUUCCCUUUCUUUUCCCAGUAAUGAGACCAUGA